AAAGCAAAAUACGGGAGGGAAGAUUUUCUCUCGUCGGUGUGCUGUGGGCUCGACGGAGUUGUUGUCGUUGCGGCCGGUGUUGAAAAGCUCGAAUCCAAGUUGUUUUUGCUCCCGAACGGAACCCGAUCAGAUCACUCCGGCGAAUAUUUUUACCCCUGGAAAGCAAUAGUUUUCCUUCUUGAUUGGUUUGAUUCUCCUUUUUCUCCCCUGGAAUUUGUUGUUUUAUUCUUUGAUUUAGGUUAUAAGGUGAUCGAAUUCUUCAGGCAUUAGUGCUUGAAGGCGUGUCCUGAUUUUUGGAUACCCUAAUUUUUAGUUUUCCAGCAGCUUUAGGAGAAAGCAAACCCUAAUCAUCUAACCCUACUACUCUUAUAAUGAACUCAUCUACCGCCCAGAUAGCCUCUGAUAUGAUUCAUCCGCCAUGCCCGGUUUCUCCUUCUACGAGUGUUUCUCAAGAGCCAACCGGAAUUGUUCCCCAAGAUUGUUCCCCGUCCAAAGCAGCUCUUGCGGCUACUGGGAAUUCGUCUCUGCCUUUCUUGCCGGAUGCUGCUUGUGAAUCUCAGAGAGAUGGUUCUGAGAGCAGUGAUGGUGGCAGCAAUGCAGUAAAAAAGGUUGUUUGGAACAAACCAAACGGCGCCUUGGAGGCUGGUCCUGUGAUGGGGGCCUUGUCUUGGCCUGCUCUCUCGGAGUCCACUAAGGCUUCACUGAAAUCUACUUCUUAUGACUCCUUCAAAUCUCCCUCGGAUGCUCCAGCCUCUUUGUCUAAGGGCACUCCUAUUGCUUCAUCAUCUUCUCCUAAGCAUGUUCAUACUCAUAACACAACUUCAAAUUCAACUGCAAACCAUGUUCACAGUCGCCACAGAUCUAAUAAGCGUACUGGUGGGAACUCAAGCAAUAGUGCUUUGGCUAAUGGAAGUAUAACUCAGCCCCACCCGUUGCAUAGUUCAGUGGUGGAGAGUUCACCUCAUAGUGUUGGAAAAUCUAGUAUGGAAUCAUAUUCGAGAGAUAAUGUGCACAAGGAAGGUGGGCAGAUGGGAGGGUUUGGGCCUCAAUCACUUGGUGGGAAUGAGCAGCACUACAUGCGAACAUCACCCAGAAAGGGUGUUAACAGUAGGCCACGCCCUCGAGGGGAUGGAUCUUAUCAUCAAGAACGUGGAAACCAGGAUUGGAAUCAUAAUAGAAGUUUUGGCAGCAGAGAUGCUCAGUUGCACCCACUGAGGGUGCCUGCUAGGCCCUUCCUACGGGCCCCACCUCCGUCCCCUCCUUUUAUUCCUCCACUUAUUCCUAUGCGUCCCUUGGGCUCUCCUAUGGUUUAUCCAGAAGUUCCUCCUCCAAUGUAUUAUGUACCAGGGCCUCACCCAGAUUCACCAGCAAUGCCCAUGCUGCCUUCUCCCCCACCUGGUGUGCCAAUGUUUUACCAUGUCCCAGAUCCAAUGUUGCUUUCUAAAAUAGUUAACCAGAUAGAUUAUUAUUUCAGUAGUGAAAAUUUAGUUAAAGAUAUGUACUUGCGGAAGGAAAUGGAUGAGCAAGGAUGGGUGCCAGUUAAAUUAAUAGCAGGCUUCAAAAAGGUCCAUUGUACAAUAUCGAUCUUGUAAUGAAACAUGACUAGCAAAUAUGUCAUCUUCAUCCCAUGAUAUCUUCCAUGCAUAUGGAAAAUAACCUAUGAUGAUGACGGUUUUAGAUUUUUCAUCUCAUUAUUUCUUCUUAUCAAGGUUACAAUAGGAAGAACAUCCUGUGUGAAACAUUGCUACUAUGCUUCUUUGCAUGAAUACUUAGUUGGGAUCCGUGCAUGAUGAUGAUUAUGUAAAUUUGCAUUUUUUUUCCAAAAAAAGAUUUUAACAAUCCCACCAUCUACUCAUAUUUUCAAAAUGGUUCUGCUUAACAAUAAUUUUAAUAUAAAAGAUCGUUCUUUGCCAUUUUCAUGUUCUGCUUGGUUGUGUUCCACAUCAUGUAUUACAUUAUUUUCUAAUAUAACUCCUCAAAUAAUAUCACAAGUGGAUGUCAUCAGUACAUUGAUCUGUAUGGUUAUGGUUCUCUUCAAUUCCUGAAUGCAUUGUUGGGCCAUAUGCUUAAGAAUACAAUCAGAAUAAAACUCAGUUGUUGAAUCUCUCAUUACAUGCAUAGUUGGUGUCACUGGAUUUUGCACCUAUAUUUUUAUCCUAAUUUUUGCUUUCUAUGCACAAUGAUCAGCUUAUACCAAGGACAUGAAAGUAAGACGGAGUAAUGUUUUCGGGACAGAAGAUCCCUUGGGUAGUUUCUACUGCUUUUUAUGGUAGAAAAUGUUCAGGUUCUUGUGCAUUGUGCCUAUCUUUGCUGAAAUCAAUGCUUUUAGUCUUUUAAGGUCUGCAGAUAUUAUGGUUCAUAGGGAAGAAAAUAAAACAUUGUUUUUUUGACUUUGUUAAGGUGCCCACAGGCCAUAGUUAAACAUUGUUUUUUUGACUUAGUCAAGUUCCAAUGGAGUACAAUAGAGCAUUCAAAUGUCC